AUGGGCAAUCUCUACUACACCUUUGAUAGCCAUUACUACACCUUCAUGGGAAACUGCACCUACACCAUGGUCAAGAACUGCAAUGUUGGUGCGACCCUCCCGGCAUUUGAGGUGGACAUCAAGAACAUGAAUGAGGGUGAUAUACGGGUCCCAUCCGUGGGGAAGGUGACAGUCAAUGUUUACGGGAUCAACAUUGAAAUAGACCGCAGCGAGUAUGGUAUUGCCCGGGUGAACUAUCAGCAGUGGAGUCUGCCAAUCAUCUUGAACGACGGCAACGUGAAGCUUUUCCAGAGAGGUCUGUUUGCCAUCGUGGAGACGAAUUUUGGCCUGACCGUGCAGUAUGACUGGAACCAAUACCUCGCCAUCACAGUGCCGGGCAGUUUUGCGGGCAGUGUGUGCGGCCUGUGUGGCAACUUCAACAGCAAAAAAGAUGAUGAUCUCAUGACACCCAGCGGCUCAGUAGCCAGCAGUGUGGCAGCGCUGGGCGAGAGCUGGAAGGUUCUCGGUGCCCCAGAUGACACCUAUUGCAAAGACGAAUGUGGUGGCCAGUGUGAAAAGUGUCCUCUCAGCGAAGUUGAGAAAUUAGAAAAACAAAUCUUCUGUAGCACCCUUAUACAAGACAUUGUUGAACUCGCAGGUUGUCAACCUGACAUUGACUCAACCGUCUUUCAGAGCAACUGCAUGCUUGACCUCUGUAGGGGUGAAGCUGUGAACACGUAUCUUUGCAACACUCUUCAAGGCUAUGCUGACAUCUGCCAGAGGUCUGGGGCCAAAGUCCCCAACUGGAGGACCUCUACUCAAUGCCCUAUACCCAAGUGCCCAGAAAACAGCCAUUAUGAGUUCUGUGGGAGUGGCUGUCCUGCUACAUGUGUAAACCCUGACUCUCCCACAAAGUGCACUGCCGCCUGUGUGGAAACGUGUGCCUGUGAUGAUGGUUUCUUGCUCAGCGGCACCAAGUGUGUCCCCAAGGCUCAGUGUGGCUGUUUGUACGAAGGCCGCUAUGUGGAACCUGGAAAAUCUUUCUGGGGCGAUGAAAGCUGCACCAAACGCUACACAUGCUCGGCUGGUGGAAAUUUGUCCCUCAAGCAGACAAGCUGUCCUGCUGGGCAGCAGUGCCAGGUGGAGAAGGGUAUCAGAAAUUGCUAUCCUGUCAACUAUGCCACAUGCAUGGUGUCUGGAGACCCACACCUGGUGACCUUCGAUGGUGAACGCUACAACUUCCAGGGCACCUGUGCAUAUGAGAUGGCUGGCGUCUCCUCCAAUCAAACUGCCCUGGAAAGUUUUACUGUUGUGUUGCAGAACAAUGGCCAAGAUAAGAAGAUUGGGUCCUCGGUCAAGCUGGUAGAGGUCAAAGUGUAUGGGUACACUUUUGUCAUCAGCAAGGAUUACCCUGGCUCUGUUGUGGUCAAUGGUGAGCUCUCCAACCUUCCAAUGUCGCUGGACAACAAUAAACUCCAUCUUUACACAAGUGGCUGGUUUGCUGUAAUCGAGACAAACUUCGGAGUGAAGGUGUACUAUGACUGGAACAGUGUAGCAUUUGUCAUUGUUCCCAGUACUUACAAGGGCGUGAUGCAAGGUCUCUGUGGCAACUACAACCUGAACCCCAAAGACGACAUGCAGAUGACAGAUGGGAAGCAAGCUCCCACUUCUGAGGCACUAGGUCAAAGCUGGAAAGUCGGCACAAUCCCCGGCUGUGUUGACGGCUGUAGCGGCACCUGCCCUGGCUGUAACACCACCCAGAGAGCUCUGUACAACACCAACACUUACUGUGGCCUCAUCACCGACCCCACAGGCCCAUUCCGUGACUGCCACGCAAAGGUUGACCCUUCAGGCUUCCUCAAUGACUGCCUGUACGACGUCUGUCUUUAUCAGGGCAGCAGGAACAUGCAGUGCAAGACUCUAACCGCGUACACAGCUGCCUGCCAGCUGAAGGGUGCCAAGGUAUACACCUGGAGGUCCGCUGAGUUCUGUGAUGCCCAGUGUCCAUCAAAUAGCCACUAUGAGCUCUGUACCAGCAGCUGUACGGGAUCGUGUGUAAAAGACUCAACACUAUCAAACUGUGGGGUUGAGUGCAUGGAAGGAUGUGCUUGCAGUGAGGGUUACCUUCUGAGUGGAGAUGAAUGUGUGCCUGAAAACCAAUGUGGCUGCAUGUAUGAAGGCAAAUACUACCAGCAAGGACAGGUCUUCUACCUCGAUGCCCUUUGCCAGAAGGAAUGCUCCUGUAACGGCACAGUGCAGUGUAAGCAGUCCUCUUGUGGUCUGUAUGAGAAGUGUGAGAUGAAGAAUUACGUGCGAUCAUGUCAACCCUUGGGAAAAGGAGUUUGCUCCAUCUCUGGAGAUCCACAUUAUAACACCUUUGACAACGCCACCUAUAACUUCCAAGGCACCUGCACCUACAUCGCAGCUGAGGGCUGCCAGCUGAGUGGCACUCGGCUCACCAAUUUCUUGGUGGCAGUGGAGAAUGAGAAGUGGUAUCGUAUGUCGGACAAUCCCAAGGUCUCAGUGGCCAAACUUGUGGCAGUAGAGGUUUAUGAUACCGUCUUGAUCCUUCGCAGGAAUGAAGUUGGUAUGGUUUGGAUAAACGGGGUGCUUCAUCAUCUUCCACAAAGUCUCUUCAACGGUGCAGUGAAGGUUUAUCAGGAGGGGGCAAAUGAUGUCAUUUUCACUGACUUUGGCCUGAGGGUCACUUAUGAUCUGGUCUACCACAUCACUGUCACUGUCCCUGGAAACUACCGGGGCAGAACAUGUGGCCUGUGUGGCAAUUUUAACAAUGACAAAACAGAUGAGUUCCAGCUGCCAGAUGGAAAAGUGAUCGAAGACUUCAACGCCUUUGGAGCAGCGUGGAAAGUGCCCGUGCCAGGGGUGGUCUGUGAAGAUGGCUGUAGUGGCAACCUCUGCCCCAAAUGUGACGAUUCUAAAAUAGCUGCACUGGAGUCGAAAUGUGCAAUUAUCACCAAUCCCAGUGGUCCCUUUGCAGCCUGCCAUGAUGUUAUUGAUCCUGCACCCUACUUCAGAGAUUGUGUCUAUGAUGUUUGCAUGGCUAAAGAUGAGCAAAGUAUGGUGUGUCACAGUAUUGCUGCGUAUAUGUUAGACUGCCAAGACUUCGGUGCAAAGAUUCAGACCUGGAGAAGUCCAUCUUUCUGCCCAUUCACAUGCCAUGCCAACAGCCAUUAUGAUACCUGUGUCCUGCCUUGUCUGUCUCCAUGUCCGGGUCUCAUUGAGACCGUCACAUGCACCACAACUUGUGUUGAGGGCUGUGUCUGUGAUAAAGGCUACUUCUACAAUGGAACUGGCUGUGUGCCCUUUGACCAGUGCAGCUGUUAUUACAAUGGCCAGACUUACAAGGUUGGACAGUCCGUUAUCACCGACGACUGCCACAGGAUUCACACCUGCCAGGCCUCUGGAGUGGUCCUGUCCAAGAACAUGACAUGUGACCCCAACGAGAGCUGCCAGGUCAAGAACGGCGUGAUGGGCUGCCUCCCUCAGCAGUGCUUUCUGGACUCCAAUGGAACCCUCACUGCAUUUACUGGUGAAAGCGGUACCAUAACAGUGCCAGGAGCCUAUGAGAUUAUCCAGAGCUGUGACCAAUCUCAGGCAUUGGACUGGUUCAGGGUGGUGGUGAAGUUGGAGAUGUGCACUCCUGGAACCAACACAAUUGUGGCUGUGUAUGUUUUCUUCAGCGAAGUGAUGAUCACAGUCAACAACAAACAUGACAUCUGGAUAAACGGAAGGCCAAUCACUCAAACAACUUUCUCCCAGAACAAUGUAAACGUGGUGGUUUCUGACAAAACAGUGAGAAUUACCAGCCCUACCACCCUUCAGCUGUCCUUCAGUUCAACUAAUCAACUCACCAUGAGUGUCAGUGAUGAAGUAGCUGACAUGGUAUGUGGGGUAUGUGGGAAGCUGAAGCCUGUUGACACAACACUGCAAGGUCUGAGCAAGAAACUGCUUAAGGCUCUUCGUGGGUCGAGUACUGCCUUUGCAUCACUGAACAUUGGGCAAUGGACAGCUCCCGAUUUCCCCCAGUGUGGUUUGUAAACUCCGGGCCUGCCAGCUUCAGGAGUACCAAACUGAUAUCAUCAUUGAUUCAUGAAAUUAUUUUUAUUUAAAUAAAGAAUCCCACAUCUGUGUAAAUUCCACUUCUUGAUAUGUUUCAGUUUUCAACUUUAUUGAUGUUUUGCUUGGGAAUAAAUUCCAACAUCAACCAUAAAUAAUAAUGAUAAUAUGUAUUUUACA